GCCCGAUCGCUGCGCGCCACCCUGAGGCGAUCUGCGCUGGCGGCGCUGUGCGCGCAGAAACGCGUCAGAAGUGAUGUGAAACACUCGCUUUCAAAUUGUGUGGUAAUUUCUGAACAGAGUGUAGUAAAAUGCUGCUCCUGGGCACUCCAGCACGAGUUACGGUUGGGAAAUCAGAGGUGCCCAGUUUCUGCUCAUAUUCUGCCACUUCGUCACUUCCCAGUCCUUUCUCAAUUUGGGCUUUGAUAUCUGUGAGCUUGUUCAUUUCGUCACAGCUGGUGAAGUCUCAGUCUUCUGCUGAGCUGCUUUUCUCUCCUGUUCAGUGAACACCAGUGUAUUUUUCUCAUCUUUCAUGCAACUGAAAUCUUUAGUAAUACGGCUUUUGAUCUGAGAUGUACAUUCCUGAAAGGCAGAAAACAGAGAGAUCUGGUUUUUGUUAGAAAAGAAGACAAGUGAAGUACAAGAGUUUACUGUCCCAUCUCAUGUGGUCUCUGACUGACCAGAAACACCUAGAUGUAUUCAAAGGAAUAAAAUGCAUUUGAUACUGUCCUGCAUUGCCUGCAGUGAGAUUUUGGGCAGUCGGAGGUUUCCAGGUGGCUGUGGAAUCACAGGGGAACAAACUAAUUGCAGGUAGUGAAGGACAAGAGGUACCUUUGUUCCACUGAGAUCCUUUCUCAAGAUGUUGAUGCCCUCUUCAGUUGUUUCCAGUUGCUUGGAGAUGUUUUGUAUCUGUUCCUUCUUUAAGGUGACACAUUUAAUCACUUAUCUGUAUAACCCUCAGAGAAAACAUGACCAGGUUAAGCAGCGGGAUAAUAAAAACCCUUACAUUAUUGACAGUUAAGCACUGGGCUGGUGGACACAACUAACUGGGUGAAUAAUCACAGCAAAGUUAAUAACAAUGUCAACAGUCCUAAGCUGUAUAUUCAAAUAUAUUUAUGAGUUUAAGCUCUUUGCAUGACUGCAGAGACUAAGACUUUCUAGAUACAUAUGUGUAUAUGGUGUUAAAGUAAUGAAAGUCAGUAGUCAGGUUUUGCUCAUUUCCAUCAAGAUUUGAGAGUUACUGUAAGCAGAGACAGAGAGCCAGUCCCAUUUCGUGCCAUUCAGCUGGGUGGAGCUGUAGCACUGUACAAUGGUGUUAUGUUUCAUUUCAGGAUUCUCCUGUGCUAUGUUCAUGCAGUAAAUAACAAGACAGAAGUAGUUUGUGAAAAGAAGAAGGAAAGAGCUGAUGAUGACUGAAAUACCAAACAACUGCCCUCCAGGAUGCUCAGUGCUCAAGGCUAUGUGAUGAGAUGGUACUGACGUCCUGCAAAGGAUGAAAUGCACUGGGAUUACAUCAUUUGCUCAUUACAGAUUUUAACUGGAAGAAUACAAAGGGAAGAGCAAAGGAACAGCAAUGGAAAGAGAACAGCAGAGAGAUGAGAAAGAAGAUUCUGAGCAUUUCCUGCAGAUGGGUGAAGAAUUGAGCAGAAAGGACUGAAACAGCUUAGACACACACUCUAAACUGUACUUUACAAAACACCCUAUACACAAUCUGCUUAAGAAAGUCUACACUGACAAUUUCAAGAGCUUGCUGUCGAGACGAGCGCCUCACCGGAGCUGAUCAGAGAAAGUGCAACAUUGACCAGAGAUGUACUUGAGCAACAUUUUAAUGAUUUAAAAGGGACCCUAAAGAAGCUGUUGGAUGAGCGACUGAUGUCACUGCUGCAGGAAGUGGAUACUAUAGAACAAGAGAGCAUCAAACCACUGGAUGAAUGCCAGAAGCUAAUAGAGCAUGGAGUCAGCACAGCUGAUGAUCUGCUCCGGGAAGGAGAGAGUGCAAUCUGUGGAGAUGUGGAACAACAUAAUGAAAAACUUUGCAGCUUUACAAAAAAAGCUUUACAUAUUCAGCUAGAUAGCUUACCAGAAGUGCCCUCCUUGGUCGAUGUGCCUUGUUUAUCUGCCCAGUUGGAUGACUGUCUUCUUACUAUACUGAGAAAUGAGAUAUUCAGACAUGGGACUGUAGCCUCUCACCCACCUGUACAAUUAGAGGAAUUCGUUGAGAAGCCUGGAGGCAUUUUAGUCCGAUGGUGUAAGGUGGAUGAUGACUUUGUACCACAAGAUUACAGACUGCAGUAUCGUAAGAGCACUGCCAAUCACUUUGAAGAUGUGUAUGUCGGCUCAGAGACUGAGUUCAUGGUGCUGCACAUUGAUCCUAACGUUGAUUACCAGUUCAGAGUCUGUGCCCGAGGAGAUGGACGGCAGGAGUGGAGCCCAUGGAGCGUUCCUCAGAUCGGCCGCACCACGCUAGUUCCCCAUGAAUGGACAGCUGGUUUGGAGGGGUACAGCCUGAGCAGCCGAAGAAACAUAGCACUUCGCAAUGAUUCUCAGUCAUGUGGUGUGCUCUACUCCAAAGCUCCUACUUAUUUCUGUGGGCAAACGUUAACAUUCAGAAUUGAAACCGUGGGACAGCCUGACAGACGGGACAGCCUGGGAGUGUGCGUGGAGCAGCAGAACGGCUACGAUUCUCUGCAGCGAGAUAAAGCUGUGUGCAUUAGCACCAAUGGGGCAGUGUUUGUAAAUGGAAAAGAGAUGACAAACCAACUGCCUGCCGUCACUUCUGGAUCGACUGUGACGUUUGACAUGGAAGUUGUGCAGCUGGGGCCUCCCAGCACCGAGGGGGGAAACUUCAAGCUGAGAGUAACCAUUAGCUCUAACAACAGGGAAGUGGUUUUUGACUGGGUGCUGGAUCAGUGCUGUGUGUCUCUGUAUUUUGGAUGUUCCUUUUCAUACCCAGGCUGGAAAGUGCUGGUGUUUUAACAGCUCACGAGAGUGAAGAUGCUCGCUGUAAUGUGUGGUAUCACAACCUGGGCUUCCAGCUGUUUUAUAUCAGUCUUUCUACUACUUGAACUCCACUAUAUUGUACUCCUGCUGGAUUCAUUUCAAAAAAUAAUUGUCAAACAGUGGAUUUGUUACUCUGGAAAAGGUUGAACAGGCAGUUAUAUAGACAACUUAAAGCAAGUCUAUAAGACUUUUUUUUUUUCCUCCAGACUUGAUUUUUUUUUAUCAGUAUUUCAUUGUACUCUAGGCUCAGGGUACGCUUAUUGUAUGAAAUUAACUUUGCUUAAUGCUGCUGUUCUGUGAAAUAAGCCUGUAAACUUUUAGGGAGUUGGAGGUAAUGGACCAAAGUUGUAUUUAUACCACUCCUAAAAAGAGCAAAGUACUUAGAGCAGUGAUGCUCUGCUAUGCUUCCUUGUAUGCAAUGCUGCCAUCAUAAUAAGGACAGACAGCAGGUCCUGCAGGUCCUGCCUGCCACAGCAGUUUCUUCUAUGCACGGUACUGUUCGUUCCUCCAGAACAAGGAUGUCUGAGCCAUGGUGUUUGUUCAGAUAUGGAGCUAAUCUGUUCAAUGUCUCACUCACGUGCCUUAUUUCCAGAUAUUUCUGCAUUGUUUUCUGUAUUGUCACUUGGAAUAUAGUUUCUAGAGUACUUCCACAGUGAUGCUUACAUCCCCAGCUUAAUGCUGACACUUGUCAUGUGCACCAGCACCUACAGUAGGACAGUUACCUUAUCUGAUCUGAAUGUCUUUCCUAGUUAUGCUUCGUAGCCUAAUCCAAGCAAAUCUUGGGGAUUUGGUACUUUUGUAUGACACGUGGAUGGAAGGAAGCUGUGAUUCUUCGCAGAGCCCUGCACAGUGCAGAGGCCACUUCCCUUCUAUUGGACUGAGCGGCUGUUCCCACGUGUGGGAUUCCCAGAAGUGCCCAUUGAUGACCUGCACAUACGGUGUGUUCAGCUGCUCCAGGCAGCCCCACACGGCAGCACUGCCCAGGCAGACCUGGGGCAGAGCAGAUGGUGCCAAUUUGGCUCUCCCUGUGGUGGCGAUACAGGAUUAAAUUAAACUGUACAUAUUAAAGUUACCAGUAUUUCCCAUAAGUAUCAAAUAAGAUUUAUGAUGAGCUUGUCAAACAGAGGUUAUUCUUUGGUCAAAAGAUGGAAUUGUGAUACUACUGGAUUCAAAGAGUAUUUUUAAGUAAUGCUCAUCGAGGGCCUUAAAGCAGACUUUCUUACCUCAAGUAUGUGAGAUUAGUAAUAUAUAUACUUUUAGUAACAUCUAGACAAUCAUUCUGCCCUUUUUCUUCAGUUUCAACAUAGCAUAUUAUCCCCUACUGCUGCCAGAAACAGAUUGGAUUGGUAUCCCCCCUAUUUGCACCGUCAGUACAAAAAGAUCAGCUGUCCUGCCUGCAUUUUUCUGCUAACAUCUGUGAUAGGGAACUGCAGGAAAGGAGAAGGGUGGCUGGUAAUACAGCUUAGAAGAAAUUGUGAGUUGAUUCAGAUAGAUGGAAAGAACUUAGAUACAGCAGAAUUGGAUUGGAUUUUACUUUUAAGCAGAGAAGAGUGGAUACCUGCAGGUAAGACUAAUUGUGCAAGCAAGGAAAAGCCUGCUGUAUUCUCCUCUUCUUAAGCAGAACUAUUUCAGUGUUAGGGAGUAGAAAGAUACUUCCAUUUGCUGUACUUCCAGUAUUCCUUUUAACUAUUAUGUGAAGAUAUCGCUAACAGCGUGCUGCAUCCCACCUGCCAUCUCAACUGUUGUUCUUUUGCUGUAGCCACAAAAGCUGAGCAGACAUUCCAGCUGAGUCAGUGCUGCUGGCAGUCGCAUUCAGUCGUGCUCUGCUGGGAUGUGUUGGUAAUUUUACCUGUAAGACUUCAGGGCUCAGGUACUAGUUCUAAGUCAGUACUGCUACUGCUUGAAAACUAAAAUAGCCAAUACCUACACCUGUGAGGAACCAGCAGCUCAGCUACCUUCCACCUGCUUUUGGAGGGUCGAGUCAGGCUCGAUGCUGUUGCUGUUUACCGGCACUGUGGGACAUUAAGCUUGAGUUCAGGUACUUCCAGAGACGGGAAUGCUUCCUUCAUUCAGAAUAUAAUUACAGGCAGCUUAAGAUAACUGUGAAGGGCUGUCCCAGGAUGGGCUACCCCAGGACAUCCCCACUGCUCCCCUGGAGAGCUGACGGCAAGACAAAAUAAUUGUUCUGAGCUCAGUUUUGAGCUCAUUGUGACCGACCGGGGCAGUGCGCCAGUUGUGAAUUUUUAACUGAGAAUGAGACCAGCAGCCCAAACACAUAUUAGGUACUGCUCAGCCACCUCAUAGAAGCUGUACACUUAAACCUGGGAAGGGUGAAGAAUCCCAGGACAAGAGAGCUGAGUAAUAACAUAACAAGGUAUCGCAAGAACCAGAAGAGGCUUGGAUUAAAAAGGUUGAAAUUCCGUUCUUCCUCAGUACAGUUCAGCUAGAGGGAAGGCUGGGCCCUUCCUUCACAGCUUUCUCACCUCCAGCAAUUGCAGCCUUGCAAGUGAGCGUGAACAGCUUGGGAAGUCCUGGAAGCAUUUUUGAAGCUCGUACGUUCACUUACCUCAACUAAGAUGUCUGUGUCAAGUGAAAUUUGAUUUUUUUUAAAUAAAGUUUUAUCCCACA